AUGGCCCUUGAGCCUGGCUCUGGCCGCCGGUCUGUCUCCCCGGAGAGCUCAGGCCGCGAGUCUCCUCUCCCUCGUCAGUGGAGAAACCAGCUGGGAGCUGAAGAAGCCCCGACCAAGGACAAGCACUACCGUAAAUACGCAUCUGGUGUUGAGAGGGCCCUCGCACUGUUUGAAACGGCAUUGCAGGAAUGGGCUGACUACAUUUCCUUCUUGAACCGCCUCCUCAAGGCACUGCAAGUCCGACACCCCUCGGUCACGACUAUCCCUUCGAAAGCCAUCGUCGCGAAACGCCUGUCGCAAUGUCUCAACCCCUCCCUCCCGUCCGGCGUGCACCAAAAGGCACUCGAAGUCUACAGCUACAUGUUCGCAACGAUAGGCACCGAUGGGCUGUCCAAAGACUUACCCUUGUACUUCCCUGGCCUGGCAUCAACUCUUUCGUUCGCCUCUCUGUCCGUCCGAUCCCCUUUUCUCGACAUUCUCGAGCGUCACUUUCUAGACUUGGACCCCCGAUCUCUCCGGCCAGCUAUGAAAUCUGUUGUUCUGGCCCUUUUACCGGGUCUUGAGGACGAAACUAGCGAAGACUUUGAACGAACGUUGCGUUUGAUGGACAGCUUCAAGGCUGCGAUACGACCCGCAGGCAGCGAAGAAUUAGAUGGUCCACAUUCAUCAGGAGAUGAUUUCUUCUGGCAAUGCUUCUUCUUGGCGUCUAUUACGGGUUCAAGUCGUCGAGCUGGAGCCUUGGCAUACCUUGUGAGGAACCUGCCUAAAUUGGGCGACACGGUCGUCCAGGGAAAGCCAGGCAAGAGUGGCAUCCAGGAGGAAGAGCAUUCUGCGAAACUCGCACAAAUGGUUACCUCGCCGGAACCAGGUUUACUAUUGCGCUCAUUUGCUGCGGGGCUCGCAGACGAGCAGCUGCUUAUCCAGCGCGGAUUCCUCGACCUCUUGGUCACGCACCUUCCCUUGCACUCCAAGGUACUGCAGACAAAUGUCAAGCCGGGUGACUUGGAGCUCCUUCUGAAUGCGGCGGCAGGUGUUGUCAUUCGAAGAGAUAUGAGUCUCAACCGGAGGCUUUGGGCAUGGUUUCUUGGCCCGGACCCCGGCCCCGGAGAAAGUGAGAGCGGCAUCGAGUCACCAUCUUCGACAGACCAUCAGCAAUCCUAUUUUGCUUCCAAGACGAGCUACUUCGAAGAUCAUGGGCUUCAACCUUUGACCAAAGCGCUGCUGAGCAUGAUUCAAGUUGACCGUGAUGCGAGUCCGGCAGAGAGGGCAAGGCCUUACAGAAUAUGCUUGUCACUCAUGGAUCGAUGGGAGAUCGGCGGACUGGUUGUUCCCGAGGUAUUCCUUCCGAUUGUCAAUAGUGUCCGGCAGUACAGAGACCAAUCGCCCAGCAAAGCCGACUUCAACGAAGUAUUCCGCAGCGCAAGCGUGUUCUUUGACGGUGUCGAGAGUGGUCUGAUUUACGGUGAAAUUGUGAGCCUUCUAGCGCAGGCUAUCGGACCAGGCAACCUGGCAGAAAAGGAACGGCUCGACAAGCUGGAUUUGGUCAACUUCAUUCUGGCGAAUUUCAAUGUCCGCGAGGAAGAGAUGAUCACAAUUCACGCACCCAUCACUGUUCUUUCCAUUCUCUGCAUGCUAGAGGAUACCAAAGAAAGACAGCAGAACAGUGCUCCAAAGAAUCAGUCGCAGGAAACCGCCGAGGAAGCACUGCAUAUCGCUCUGGCCGUCCUGGAUCUCAUUCCGGAUCGAGCUUUCCCGUCCUCGGUUGGCAACAAAUCGAAGAGAACAAUAGAGGCCGGCGUUCUGACCUCAUUACCUGCCGUUGAGCUCUUGAAACGGAUCAAGGCAUUCUAUAUCGACGAGCAAGGCAACCUCGAUACCGUCCAUGUUCCGCUCUCGCCGAUCGAGGUUGGCGAGUUGCUGUUACAAAAGUCAGGCGCGUUGGUAUGCGAAGGAUUGAAGAACCCCGAGUCAGGGUCAGAACUGGGCGUCAAAGGAAGGAUUCUGACCGCCUUUUUACUCAAAGUGCCGAGCACUUAUCAGCUUGACACGACGUUGCUUCUGUCUUGUCUGCACGAGCGUUUGAAACACGCAAGAAGAUUGUCUUUUACGUCCUUCAACUCGAUUCUUUACCUAUCCGCCCAUCUUUAUUCGGCUGAGCGCAUAGAGGUGCCAAACCUGACCGAACUCGUUACACCACUAGUCCAGCAAGCUUGGGAGUUCCUGUCAGCUUCGGAACCAAAGUACCAUGUCGAAACGGUUAGAUCAUUAUGGCAGCUCCAGACUGCUCUGACAUCGCAAAAUCGAGAUAUAGAAGCCGCGUUGGCCAGUCUCAUCAUCGAGCACGACAUUCAGGGAUCAUUCGCAUCACGUCCUGCCGAUGCUGGCCGCCGUUUCAGCGUACUGUGGUCUCAUACGUUGCAGGAUUCUAGUGCUGAAAGGCGAGGUUCCAAAACACCCAUGACUGAGAAGCCUCCGCAGAUCCGGAUGGCUGGGUCAGAGAACUACGAUGUCAUGUUGACGCGACCUCUCUUCCUCAUGCUGGAUGCCCUCUUGGAUGAGCGAACGCAAUUGUUCAUGACUGUCAAGGGAUGGCUGAACAGCUUAGUUGGUAUCGACAAACUGUUCUUGCUUUUCGUAAGGAAGUUUUCUGCACUCCAAUUUCUGAGAGCGACUCACGAGAUUGGCUCAGCAUCAACUUCGACCAGUUCAACGACUUUCACGGCCGAAGACGAUCUGGACCUUUGUCUCUAUUACCUGAGGACGCUGUCGAAUGUUUUUCGCUGGGCCCCAGAUGUGAUUUGGGCUGUGCUGGCCUCUACGACGAUCACCGUGGAUGGCGGGCAUUCGGAAGUCGCACAGAUGACUGGUCACGAAGGCGACAUCUCCAUGCAAGAGAUUUUCAUUCACGUUUGUCUACGAUGCAUCGCUGGCAAUAAUGAAUCUGCUGACGAAAACAUCCGAGUCCGGGCAACUCAACUUCAUCGCUAUGCCUUAACCGUCAUGCACCAAAUCCUUUUGAAUCCUUACGCCGAGCCCCUGGCAAGCCUGCAUCUUGAGAACGUUCUCAUCGAGCGUCUCCUCCAAUCGCUCGGUGGAACCGACCCUUAUGUUCAGGUUCUUCUUUUAGACGUCGUCUUUGAUGCUCUGAAACUUCGAGACAUCAUUAUUUCUGACGUGCCUGCUUCACCAUCAUCGGAGAAGAGGAAACUGAGCCUUGACCCAAGUAAGAGCCUCAGAGUAUCGACACAGUCCGAGACCAAGCCGACAUCACCGCCUCCCAACUUGCUCAAGUGUCUCCAGGCUGGCUUGAGCUCUCCUAGCAGUCGUAGUGUCCUCGAUAGCUGGGUGAGCUUUUUGACGGAAUGUCUGCCGUUCUACUCCGAUACCAUAUUCCAGGUCCUCAUCCCCCUUGUGGAGACUUUGUGCCGACAAGUUUCGAACACAUUCAACGACCUGCAAUCCAUUUUCCGAGACAACGGUAACUCAAAGAAGGAUGAUUGGAAUGCGCCAGAGUCUACACUGAUUUCGCUACUCAACGCUUUGGAGCAAGUUUUGGCUCGGGCACACGAGCGACUCUUGGUUGAAGAGGCCAGGACGCAAGUGGUCAAGGGCCCGGACCAGCAGCCAUCGGGAUUCUUUGGCAACAUGGUGUCCGGUGUCUUCAACUCAGAUACUCCGCAGGCGCGGAGUGCCACCGCAAACGAUAGACUAACGGUGCACCUCGCAUUCGCGGAUGCUGUACGCAUUUGCUUCACAAUCUGGUCCUGGGGCCAAGGCGGCGACAUCAAUGCCCAGGACUUGACUUCUGUUUCAUCUUUCAACUAUACGUCUCUUCGAAUGAGAAAUAGGGCGAGACGAUUGUUGGAGCAUCUUUUCGCAGCAGAGACCUUGGAGUGCCUCGAGACGGUCAUCGAAAUCUGGCGUGGCUCUAUCAAUAUCACCACGCCUGUGCCACAGUCAGAAGUGUUUAAUCUCUUACCAGCCUUAGAUGGUUCUCGGCCAAAGCACACUAUCCCUGCCAUCUUUAAUGCCAUCUACAGCAGAACAAACCCUGGGGCGUUGGAUGCUUCAAGAAAAUCAACCUUGACGACCUCUCUCCAAGACAUUGACCUGGUCACAUUUCUGAUUGAAUAUGCUCGCUCGCUGGAGGAUGACGCAAUGGACGAGAUAUGGCUUGAUUGUAUGGCGUUCUUGCGCGACCUACUCACAAAUCCUUUCCCACACAGACAGACAUUACCGAGUUUGUUGGAGUUCGCGGCUAUCUUGGGCGAAAAGGUUGACAACACCAACUUUGGAGAGCAGCGAAAAAUGAGAAGGGAGCUUGGAGAUCUGUUCCUUCGGCUCCUAACCGCGAUAUUCACAACCAAGCCCCUGACGUUUGCAGAUACGGCACCAAACGACAAAUCGGAAAAGAACCGCGACGGUGUUCGCCGGGCUCCCACGAUUGCCUUGGUCAGCGUUCUCGAUAGAGCCGAGGAUGUGGUGGCUAUCUUGGCCGCAAUUGUUCCGAAUCUUCCCAAGAUUUUAGUUGAAACGGACCGCGUAUUGUCGGCGGCCGGCACAAUUUCAACAAAUGUCAUCAAUCCAGCUUUCAGAGCAAAGGCAUUCCCUGACACCGUGUCCAAGAACACACUUGUCUUGCUACAAGAACUCUCCAGGCUGCCAAAUAACCAAAAGACCUGGAAGAAGGACGUUGGAGACGCUUUCAACGAUGCUCGAUUCUUCAGCUCGAGUAUCGAGCUCGUACGAAGCGACUGGUUGCUGUUGCUGAGGCAAUGGACCGUCAGUGACAAGGAGCGUAUGCCUGAGCUCCUGGGCCGCAUGACUCCGCCCACAACGGCCGGCAUCGUGUUUGGUGUUGGGGCCACUUCUGCUCGAUUAGAGGCAGACCGGAAGACGCAGCUUAACCUUCGUCGCACUGCAUCGUUAGUCCUUGCGGCUGCAGAGGAUGCAUUUGUCACAGAGCUUCCAACCAUUAUCGAUAAGGUAGUGGAACUGCUUGGUGCCACGGCGACGUCUUCACCUUCCUCUACCACGAGAGCCGAGAUCUUCAUGCUUGUCCGCGCACUUGUGUUGAAGACCAGUGCCAUUCACCUGGCUAUGUUGUGGCCGAUCAUCAACGCCGAGCUUCAUGCAGCCAUCGCCUCUGUUGUGGCUGCCGAUCACAGCACCGCAUCUGAUACCUAUAACAACUUGUCUAUCCUACAAGCCUGUAAGCUGCUAGACCUGCUUAUUUGUGUUGCGCCGGACGACUUCCAGCUUCAUGAGUGGCUCUUCGUCACAGACACCAUCGACGCUGUGUAUCGAUCUACCAAUUAUCAACCUGUUGCACUUGUCGACGAACUUGCAGAGGAGCUUGGUACUAUGGGUGUCAGUUCUUCCUUGGGUAGCAACCCGGCGGCGCACUUGGCCACAAGCAGUUCUCACAGACGGCCACUGCUGGGAGCUGGCGGCAUCAACGACGAAGUCAGCAUCGAUAGGAAGGACGAACUUGUGGGCAAGAUCCUGCGGCCAUUCUUCGGACAGCUCAGCAUCUACGCUUUCGAAUCGACCUACGCAAUGGCGCCACUUGAUCGGGAGUUUUGCAUUCAGGGAUUAUUAAAGGAUUUGUUCGACGAACGUAGCAUUGUCAAGGCGUUGUAA